UUUUGUGUUGGAUCUUGACCUUGACGACUAUUCGAUAUUUUCCUUCAUCGGCCUGAGCCCAUACACGAAGGAACCUGCUAUGGAACGGCCAAGCACUGCUCAAAGCACCAGCACCUGUCGAACUGGACAGAGUGUUGGCAGCCGACAUAGUCGGAUCAGUGUCACCUGUAGCGUCACUUCGAAUGCUUCCAAUGUGGAUCUCAUGAGAGUUCCUCCCCGGCAACGCCGCACACCAGAUGGUACCUUCCUGCCGCAGGCUGGUGCUUUCACCGUCACUGGCCUCCCUGGAUAUACUGGCUAUGUGCCUGGGAAGGUGGCGGAAAAUGUGCACGCGCUGACCUUCCAAAAGGCCAACGAGCGAGCCAUUGCCGAGGCCCAGAUGCGGAAGUUUGGCCAGACUCCUUUGAUCUAUCGCGGGCGCAGCUAUGACGGUCCAGCUCCAGGAGCAGAAGUGCCAGGAUACACUGGAUUUAUUCCGGGACGCUACGCCAACAACGUGAUCGGCUCCACCUUUGCCAAGGGGGCUGAGUUGGCAUUUCUGAUGAAGAACCAGCAGAUGGCAGACCGCUUGCACCGCGUGCAGUGCUACCGUCAAGGUGAGCGGCCCAGCAGCAGGCUGGGCUGAGGAAUCGGAGACAUGGGGCGUUGGUGGGGGAUUUGUAGAUCUGAAUCGUUUUCUGGUGGGACCAAUAAUUGGAAUGAUCGUCUCACCAUAUGAAUGGUGUUUUUGUUUGGAGCCCCACCGAAAAGAUGUUCACCAAUGUUUCACUGAUCGAAAUUCCAAAUCUGGAGAAUCGAAUAUGGAAGAUAUACUGCACAAACAGAUUGCUAGAUUCGCAACAAUUUUGAUAAUCCAAUAGUAUACGAGUUUGAUUAUUAAAUAUCGACCUAAAAAUACCUAAAGUACAAUGAUAUAUAUAUAUAUGUGAUCAAUAUGUGAGCAUCUGACAAAACCUCCGUACAUGUAUGUUAUUUUACUCAUGGGCCGCCUUAAAUAUUUGUGAAUUUGUCAAAACCUUGUAAAACUGAU